UCCUGGUUACCGCAGCGCGCGUCGGGGUAACGGCCCGAGCGGAGCAGCGUGGCGGAGCGGGAUGUUGGUGUUAGUAUUGGGGGACCUUCACAUCCCAUACCGGUGCAGUAGUCUACCGGUGAAGUUCAAGAAUCUGCUGGUUCCAGGAAAGAUUCAGCAUAUCCUGUGUACAGGAAACCUCUGCACCAAGGAGAGCUACGACUACCUCAGGACUCUGGCUGGGGAUGUCCACGUUGUUAGGGGGGACUCUGAGAGCCUAAAUUAUCCUGAAGAGAAGGUUGUAACUGUUGGGCAGUUCAGAAUUGGGCUGAUUCACGGCCAUCAAGUUAUUCCCUGGGGUGAUGUGGCCAGCCUGGCAUUGCUACAGAGGCAGCUGGAUGUGGACAUUCUUAUAUCAGGACACACGCACAGAUUUGAAGCAUUUGAAUAUGAAAACAAAUUCUACGUCAACCCGGGAUCAGCUACAGGAGCCUACAGUGCUUUGGAAAUGAAUAUCAUCCCUUCAUUUGUACUGCUGGAUAUCCAGGCUUCCACAGUUGUGACUUAUGUAUACCGGCUAAUUGAGGAUGAUGUCAAAGUAGAAAGAAUUGAGUUCAAGAAGUACUGAGUCAUGUUCAAACCUGCUUGUUGAAUUCUCGCUGCCUUUCCAGUUAAGUCUACGGGGAGGCAGGCCACGCGGGGGUGCUGCUGCUGCAGCGUGGUGGACUGCAAAGCAGCCACAAUGCUUUAUUGCUUGUGAGCUGGUAAAUAAAAAAGGUUAGUCUUGGUUCCCAAGCAGAACUUGGAGUAGAAGAAACUGCCGAUUAAGAAGCCUAUGGAAAAUAUCCUGUGUCUAUUGAGGAGCAGCUAUGUUCCUGGCCUAAGGAAGUCACAGAGGGUGGUAGUACCUUGGCAUUGAACCUGUUCUGUAAAAUUAAUGUGGAAUAAUAAAUCUCUAGUUUUUUGUCACUAUG